AUUUGCCUGAUCGGUUCUGGUGAGGUUACAAUGAAUUGUUGCUUCGCAUCUCUCUCUCCGUCCGGGUACCUGCCAAGGCCGUGAACAUGACAGGUAUGCAACACUGAGAAAUAAAGGAUGUCAAUUGCAGAGACACAUUUGACUGCCUUGACGGAUGAUACUACAUGCAACACUGUACAUGGCAGCAGUGUGGGGAGCGUCGUCAACAGCAUGGAAGAGUAUAAACUGCACAACCUCAGUCAUCAUUUUUGGCUACAGCACCAGGCCAUCGCAAGGUACUCCGGUUGGCUACUGGGUUCUUGGGACCACGAAUGUCGCAAUAUCCCACCAGUCAGACGAUUCAGGGACAGCACAAGCCAGAAGUGUGGAACGCCAUCUGCGGUGGAGACCCAUCCAGGACCAGUCAUUCUGCGGCGAAAGUCUCAGAGGUGGUGGGUGUCCAGCCAGUAUGGAGGGUUGGGAGCAGGUUGAUUACUAGUUGGAACUAGAGUGGAAGAGUCCGUAUAUUGCCUGGUCAUGUGUGACUUGAAGAAGGGGUGUGUAUAGCUUCCCCUUCGCUGUAACCAUCAAGCACUUUGUUACUGAGGGACAUACUUAGGGACGGGUUGAACAGAUAAUAGUCCAGAGAAUUAUUACAUGAGGAAAAAGAAGAAA